AAAAACCAUUUUAAUAAAUAAAAAAAAACACACUUUAUCUCCUUAUCGUCCAUCUACAUACUUCUUCACGCACUUUACUUUCUUCGCCGGAAUUCCUCGCCGGAAAAAAAAACUAGAUCUUCUUCUCCGGAGAGAAACUCCAAUAACCCCAUAAAAUGUCAUCCUCAAUCCCCCACCUUUCAGUAACCCCACCUCUCAAUUCACACACACAAACCCCAACACACAAACCCUUUUUCUUAAAACCCAUCAAUCGGAAAAAAUAUUUUCCGGCGAAGUUAUCUUUUUCCGGCGACGGUUGUUCCGCCGCAUUCGCGUGUUCGACGUCGGAAAAUUUGAUCGGAAAAGUGGGGUGGUGUAGAAGAGAAGGUAAGGUUAAUAAUAUAUUGUCGUAUGUUACGAACCCUGAUUCGGGAUCGGUGGUGGUUGUGAACGGUGAUGCUUCGCAAAUUCUCUCGGCGGCGCUGCCGUUUGUGGUGGCGCUCACGGCGGUUGCUGCUUUGACUCAGCCGUUGACCUUUACAUGGGUGUCGAAGGAACUCUAUGCUCCGGCUCUUGGUGGGAUCAUGUUGUCAAUUGGUAUUAAGCUUUCCAUAGAAGAUUUUGCUCUUGCUUUCAAAAGGCCUUUACCAUUAUCCAUGGGGUUUCUAGCCCAAUACGCAUUGAAACCGGCUCUCGGUGUAUUCGUGGCUAGAUCAUUCGGUGUAGCUCCCAUGUUCUAUGCAGGAUUUGUGUUAAUGGCAUGUGUUUCGGGUGCACAGUUGUCUAGCUACGCUAGCUUCUUGAGCAAAGGGGAUGUAGCUUUAAGUAUUUUGUUGACCAGUUCAAGUACUAUUGCCUCUGUUCUUUUCACCCCUCUUUUAACCGGUCUUCUCAUCGGUUCCGUUGUCCCUGUUGACGCUAUCGCAAUGUCUAAAUCAAUCUUACAGGUUGUUCUUGUUCCAGUGACGCUCGGUUUAGUACUCAAUACAUAUGCAAAACCAGUAGUAUCUGUUCUUCAACCCGUGAUGCCAUUUGUGGCUAUGUUUUGUACAUCCAUUUGUAUCGGCAGCCCUCUAGCUAUUAACCGGGCCCAAAUCCUUUCAAUCGAAGGUCUCAAAUUACUUUGGCCCGUUUUGACUUUUCACGUCGUAUCGUUCAUCGCUGGCUACUACAUUUCCAAACUCCCCUUCUGCAGGCAAGAGGAAAACGUAAGCAGAACGAUUUCACUAUGCACGGGAAUGCAAAGUUCGACGCUAGCAGGCCUUCUUGCGACACAAUUCUUGGGUAGCAGCCAAGCGGUCCCGCCUGCAUGCUCGGUGGUUGCAAUGGCCAUAAUGGGUCUCUGUUUGGCUUCCUUUUGGGGCAAUGGUUAUAGGAUUAGAGACUUGCUGUAUAUUUUUAGCCCACAAACAGAUUCAACCGUAAGCCCGUGAUAAUACAAAGUACUUUAAAACCGUUUUUGGGUCGAACCGUUUUUGCGUCUACUGUUGUGUAGAGGUUGAUACGACGUAGGCAGGUUAGUGUAGCAACUAGAAGCAAGCCUAGAUAGUACUUCCGAGAUAGAAAAGUUAUGGUUUAUGUGGGCGUUGAGUAAGCGUUGGUUGUGUUAAACGCGAAGUGUUUGAUGUAAGUGUGUAUAAUUUUUGCUUACAAAUCACUUCCAAGGGUUUUGCCUCGA